CCGUUUCGUCACGGGCCCAGACACAGGGGGACAUCUGCUCGGGCUGACGCACAACGUGUCCCAACUACGUAUUUUUUUGUUUUGUUGUUGUUGCCUGUUUGGGAUUCCUUCUUGGAUGGCCUGUAACAAAGAUUGUAUCUGUACUGGGUUGAGUCUAUCAAAUAAACAAGAACAACGUGGGGCUAAGUGAGAAAACAGCGUAUAAAUACGCAUGUAUAUAUUUUUUACGGCUCAUACUAGUGCACCCACUUCGCAAACACACCACUGCAGCAAGCAGGCGAAACUCAGGUGGUGGGGCAAUGUUUACACUGACAUCCUCCUGACCAGUCCAACAGUUACCCAGGCCCCCCUCCCUUUACCCCUCCCAUUCCCCACCUCUACCCCCUUCCACAACCUUUCCACCCUUCACUAUGAAUGAGGCCAGCGUAGUCAGGGAAGGAUGGCUCCACAAGAGAGGUGAGUACAUCAAGACUUGGAGGCCGCGCUACUUCAUCCUGAAGAGUGACGGCUCCUUCAUCGGCUACAAAGAGAAGCCUGAGCUGUCUGACCAGAGCUUGCCCCCUCUCAACAAUUUCUCAGUGGGAGAAUGCCAGCUGAUGAAAACGGAGCGGCCCAAGCCGAACACGUUCGUUAUCCGCUGCCUGCAGUGGACCACUGUCAUCGAGAGGACCUUCCAUGUAGAAAGCAAUGCAGAGAGAGAGGGGUGGAUGCGUGCCAUCCAGGCGGUUGCCAAUGGGUUGAAGGUACGAGAGGAGGAGGAGCCCAUGGACCUGUUUGGUUCUCCCAGCGACAGCAGCAGCAUUGAGGAGAUGGAGGUGGCCAUGUCCAAGACCAACUCUAAAGUGACGAUGAGUGACUUUGACUACUUGAAGCUGCUUGGGAAGGGCACGUUUGGCAAGGUGAUCCUGGUCAAGGAGAAAGCCACGGGGAUGCAUUACGCCAUGAAGAUCCUGCGCAAGGAGGUCAUCAUCGCUAAGGACGAGGUAGCGCACACGGUUACGGAGAGCAGAGUGUUACAGAACACCCGGCAUCCCUUCCUCACGACACUGAAAUACGCUUUCCAGACUCAUGACCGAUUAUGUUUUGUGAUGGAAUACGCCAACGGAGGAGAGCUCUUCUUCCACCUGUCUCGGGAUCGUGUGUUCACGGAAGACCGGGCCCGUUUCUAUGGCGCUGAGAUCGUAUCUGCGUUGGAGUACCUCCAUUCUCGUGACGUGGUAUACAGGGACCUGAAGCUGGAGAAUCUAAUGCUGGACAAUGAUGGACAUGUUAAAAUCACAGACUUUGGGCUGUGUAAGGAGGGCAUCACGGACGGUGCCACCAUGAAGACCUUCUGCGGCACCCCGGAGUACCUGGCGCCGGAGGUGCUGGAGGACAAUGACUACGGCCGGGCGGUGGACUGGUGGGGCCUGGGCGUGGUCAUGUACGAGAUGAUGUGCGGUCGGCUGCCCUUCUACAACCAAGACCACGAGCGGCUUUUUGAGCUCAUCCUCAUGGAGGAGAUCCGAUUCCCCAAGAACCUGGCCCCAGAGGGCAGGGCCCUGCUCAGCGGCCUGCUCAAAAAGGAUCCCAAGCAAAGGUUAGGGGGAGGACCGGAUGAUGCCAAAGAAGUGAUGUCCCACAAGUUCUUCACCUCCAUCAACUGGCAGGACGUGGUAGAUAGAAAGCUGACUCCGCCCUUCAAGCCUCAGGUGACGUCAGAGACUGAUACACGUUACUUCGACGACGAGUUCACGGCACAGACCAUCACCGUCACGCCUCCAGACAAGUAUACCAACCUGGACUGUGGCAUCCCCAACCAGCCAGCACACUUCCCCCAGUUCUCUUACUCUGCCAGCAUACGAGAGUGACCCCGUCUUUACCAUACACACUGAAGAUAUGCAUAGAGCAUCAGUUCACACUCUCAUCCACACACACACACACACACACUUUCUUGUAAAAAAAAGACUGCAAGCUUGAGACUCCACACAGGCCAAUGGAUCUCUGGUCACAGCGGGGAUUUAAGUGCCUAGUCUUGCAGCCAUCUUGUCUGCUCAAACCCGCCUACACUACAGUCACGCACAACAGCAGCCUGUGAACUGCACAGGACCUCAGUCAAUACCUCACGUCGUCAACAUCGGCAGCAGUAGCAUAUCAUCCAGGACACUACUGCUCCUCACUGGAAGGUCUAGUACAGGGCUGCCCAUCCCUCUUCCUGGAGAUCUACCGUCCUGUGGGUUUUCAGUUCAACCCUCUUCCUGGAGAUCUACCGUCCUGUGGGUUUUCAGUUCAACCCUCUUCCUGGAGAUCUACCGUCCUGUGGGUUUUCAGUUCAACCCUAAUUUAACACACCUGAUUCUACUAAUUAGCUGCUCAACAAGACCUUAACUAGCUGAAUCAGAAUGGCUAAAUUAGGGUUGGACUGAACCUGCAGGACAGUAGAUCUCCAGGAAGAGGGUUGGGCAGGGUGGUCCUAUAGGACACUACUGCUCCUCACAGGGAGGACUAGGACCUAUAGGUGGACACUACUGCUCCUCUGAUUUGGAUGGAAUUGAGACACUGAUCUCUUAAACUCAGUUUUCUUUCUUUCUUGUUCUCGCUCUCUCAUUUUCGUUCUGUGUCUGUCGCUCCCUCUUUUCCCCUCUCUGUACCCCCUCGUCCUUCUCACGCUAACCCACUCACUCACACUGCUGGGUAAAAGAAAAAAAACACUGAAGUGAUUCUUGUUUUCACAAAUGAGAAAGAAAAGUUUUCUCUCUCUCUCUCAUUGUUACAGUUUAUAAGGAGUCAUAUUUCUGUGAUUUAUCCAAGUGCUCUUUUCUGUAACUAGCUGUUACCAAUAGUGUUGAAGUGGUCCUACUGGAGGGGGGCAAGGCGGUCGUGGUAAACUAUGAAGCUGUUUCUCUGUCAAUGUGUUUGUGUGCUUGGAGAAAAGGUGGGACAACCAAAACUGAAUGUCUGCAUUUUGUGUUUGUAUGUGUGCGUAUGUCAGUGAAGUCGUGUGAGCGCUCAAAUGUAAGCGAGCUUGACGUGCAUUGGUAUCAGUAGAAUAAUUGGCGACAUCACACAACAGAGUUUUUCCGACUCGGAGCUCAAAAACCUACUCUGGAUUUCCAAAAAGAGAUGCAGGAGGGAGCACUACUUUAACUGUAAUUCAGUGAAAUGAACUAGUAUUGCGCUUUUUUUUGACUGGGAUCGUUGUGAACAGAACACAAAGUUGCUACAGAGAAAAUGUAUGAAUGAAUCACUGUACAAUGUGUAUAGGUACGGAUUUUUAAACCCUGUUUUUAAUUCAGGACCUGUCUCAACACAUCUGGUCUUUGAUCGAGACGCACCAGGCAUGUGAUUUACAACGGUCGACUAGCACUUAGUUACUUAAGCAGACCUCUUUUUACUCGAAUUAUGAGAUUUGUAUGUUUUAUUCUUUGUUAUUUUGUUGCUUCGUUUCCUCUUUCAAAUGUCAUAAACGUCUGCUGUACUAUCAAAAAUGUCCGCACAGGUGGUGUUGAGUGGAUCAGUGACGGGGCUCCGUUCUGGCCACAACAUCAGGUGGUGUUGAGUGGAUCAGUGACGGGGCUCUGUUCUGGCCACAACAUCAGGUGGUGUUGAGUGGAUCAGUGACGGGGCUCCGUUCUGGCCACAACAUCAGGUGGUGUUGAGUGGAUCAGUGACGGGGCUCCGUUCUGGCCACAACAUCAGGUGGUGUUGAGUGGAUCAGUGACGGGGCUCCGUUCUGGCCACAACAUCAGGUGGUGUUGAGUGGAUCAGUGACGGGGCUCCGUUCUGGCCACAACAUCAGGUGGUGUUGAGUGGAUCAGUGACGGGGCUCCGUUCUGGCCACAACAUCAGGUGGUGUUGAGUGGAUCAGUGACGGGGCUCCGUUCUGGCCACAACAUCAGGUGGUGUUGAGUGGAUCAGUGACGGGGCUCCGUUCUGGCCACAACAUCAGGUGGUGUUGAGUGGAUCAGUGACGGGGCUCCGUUCUGGCCACAACAUCAGGUGUGUGUUGAAUGUAGUGAUCACGCCUGCUCCUCUUCGUAUGCUGUCUGACUGCUGACAGUCACUGGUCAACGAGAUCCAGGUUUUUCUCUGUCCUGAUAGUCAUGUGUCCAUUGUGUGCCGUUUGGAAAUUGUUUCUGAGACUAACUAUUAUUGUUUUUUUGUUUUUGUCUAGUUCUGUUGUUUUCCACCUCACUGUUUCCCUGACCCCUUUUGAAGACAUUACUACUCAUUUAACAUUCAUAAAUGUUUAAUUCAAUGAAAUAUUAUUUCAAUUUAAA